CGGCCGCUGGGCUUCCUCUCACUACCAUAUUUGGCCAAGCGGAUGCUUCACAUUUAUACAUCCGUUAAAUAUCUGUCUCAUUGUUCUUUCUGUACCUAAGCUGCCUCCCGUCCUCUACCAUUACCGACUAAAGAUGGCGGCGUCAGGAACCGCAGCCCCCCGUCGUCUUGUCCAGUAUGUUGUGGUCCGGUCAGACCUGGUCCAUACGUUGGCCUGGCCAUUAGGGGCGGUUAUAACGCAAGCCUGCCAUGCUGCCAUCGCUGCCAUUCAUCUGAACUACAACGACCCAGACACGCAGGAGUACUUGGCAGAACUGGACAGCAUGCACAAAGUCGUCCUUCAGGCUGUGGACCAGGCCUCCCUCUCCAGCCUGUCCGAGACGCUGACAGAGAAGGGGAUCGCCCACAAGCUGUGGAUUGAGCAGCCAGAGAACGUCCCCACCUGCCUGGCCCUGAAGCCUUACCCCAAAGACAUUGUACAUCCUCUGCUGCACAAGUUCAAACUGUUCAAAUGACACAGAGGGACAAAGAGAGACCCCUGUUGAAUGGAGUCUGGACCAUGGCUCCACACCAGCCAGUUAAUUUGGUGGUCUUCUUUUUGGUUGACCUGUGCAUCUUGGUGAUGCUGACGGGGAAGAACCAGCACUCAGUGUCCGUACUCCAACUUCACAAGGAAGAAUCUCACUCUGAUAAGCAGUGUCAGUGUUUGUCUUCCUACAGUAACAAGGAGACAUCACUCACUGAAUGAACACUGCCAUAAAACGGGCAUUUAAAGAGUGGAUGUCUGUCCACCUAAUUUGAUGUGGCCACGUAUCUUGUGAUUCAAUUAAAUGGUGAAUGGUUACCUAAGGUAUUUUUCUAGCCGCCAAUGGUUGGAGUCUGUUUACAAACAUACAAGAUGCAUUAAACAUGGUCAACUAA